CUUGCCAUCGUUCCUGGAGAGUAACACCAGUACUAGACUACCUUCCUCCUUGCUAAACUACCAAAGCAUCUCCCGGGGAUCGAACCCACGCCAGAGAGGUAACUGGAUUAGAAGUCAUCGACUCUAACCACUCGACCACGGAGGCAGUUAAAUACGUAUAUACCUAGACAAUCAGUACUACCGUACUCGUCCCCUGUAUUGACUUGGAAUUAAUUUGUAUGUAGCUGACAAAUAGAUACGUCAUUGUUACUAAAUGUAUGAUCCAAAAUGUAAUUAUCAUCAUAUGACAAACAAAAUCACUCUGCUAUUUUAAUGAUUGACAAUAUGAAAGCCAAAGAAUAGUCGCCGUUUUGUUUUAUUCUAAUCAGACAUCGUAGGGGCGCUACAUGGGUAUAAUCGUCUAUGUAUACGAAAGUAGAGCUUGUCAGCCAAUGAAAAUUCGAUAUUUUUGCAUCAUUUUGUACAAUCUAAUGAAUAUUUAAAAGAUUUAAACCAUAAUCAAUUCGGCAGUGUGUUACGAGUGAAUAGUCUAAGAAAAUCGAUAUAAAAACCUCGAACAAUUUUUUUGAUGAUCAUUGUUUUGAAUGCCAUGUCAGGACAUUGUCAAGAGUGGAGAGAAGUUAGUAUACAUUUGGGAAGAAGUAUCGGAUCUGCUAGAGCUGCAUCCGAUUUUCUUGGAGGAACAUAUGUAGGCAUGUUGAAAGCGCUUGCGCAAGUUCAAGUCCCUGGUGACGUCACAACGAGUCGUUAUUAUGUCUACUUUUUUGUCAGUUUUCGGAGUGGACAGAUUAGAAUAUGCAAAGCCAUAGUAUUGUGGAGAUCCCAACAAACUUUUGAAAUAAUAACUGAACUGGCGAGGAUGGUUUGUAGAUCAAAACAAAUCAAAAGUUCACAAUCAGACAAAUUACUUCACAAUUUGUACCCCGGGACAGUUACAUUGCAACUUGUAUAUAUCAGAUUGCUGAGUGUUUUGAUAUUCUUUCUCUUUUUGUAUCAUAGUUUGGGGACCUUUCUAUUGAAAGUGUGUAAGAGUUUAAUCGCAUACAUACAUAUACGUGCACUGUGCGUUAACUGGAGAGCAGGACUAUUAGUUACCGGCACUCCAGAGUAAGCCAAUUUGUUGGGUCA